GUGGACAGAGAGGGCACUGAGGCACCUGGCCACGGAAUGGAUAACGUCCUCAGCGCGGACUCAGACCCCGCCCCAAACAUCUCCACGAACAUCUCGGAGCCCAACCAGUUCGUGCAGCCCGCCUGGCAGAUCGUGCUGUGGGCAGCCGCCUACACCAUCAUCGUGGUCACCUCGGUGGUGGGCAACGUGGUGGUGAUGUGGAUCAUCCUGGCGCACAAGCGGAUGAGGACGGUGACCAACUACUUCCUGGUGAACCUGGCCUUCGCCGAGGCCUCCAUGGCCGCCUUCAACACGGUGGUGAACUUCACCUAUGCCGUCCACAACGAGUGGUACUAUGGCCUCUUCUACUGCAAGUUCCACAACUUCUUCCCCAUCGCAGCCGUGUUCGCCAGCAUCUACUCCAUGACGGCCGUGGCCUUCGACAGGUACAUGGCGAUCAUCCACCCCCUGCAGCCCAGGCUGUCAGCCACUGCCACCAAGGUGGUCAUCUGUGUCAUCUGGGUCCUGGCUCUCCUGCUGGCCUUCCCGCAGGGCUACUACUCCACCACGGAGACCAUGCCCAACAGAGUCGUCUGCAUGAUUGAGUGGCCCGAGCACCCCGAGAAGAUUUACGAGAAAGUGUGA